GUGGUGCUCACGGGACUGCAUGUGUGUGCCGUCAUGCAGCCGUCAAUUGCGUAAGCAGCGUAAAUGUGAAUCGGAGUCUGCGGCUGAAUGUGGGCUACCAGUACCGUCCCAUGAUGCUGGCCUGUGCCAUGAUGUACUCGUUGCUGACGUUGUUUGUGGAUCCGAGAAGGCAGAAGGAUCGCAGGCAGAGGUCCCAAUGCCACAUGAAGCACUCUCCUCUGUACUAUCACCAAAGCCGCUCGUCGGGGAACUCAAUUCCUCAACAACUUCCUCAUCCUCCUCUAAUCUUAAAGCCGAUUCGGAGGAUGUUUUUUUAAUCUUCAACAGCUGCCUGCACGGCUGCUACAGUUACAGGUGCUGCUGCUGGUGCUGCUACUGCUGGAAUGUUCAUCUGAUGGGCAACAUGAACGCUCAGCUUACCAAGCGCUGCUGCUGGUGGCUACUGCUGCUGCUGUUGCGGCUUCUCUGAUUUGUCCUGCUCUGUGGCAUUGCCAUAAUCCGUAGAGAAAACUUCCAUUGCCGUCUUGUAGUGCUCGUCCAGCCAGUCCGACUCGUUCUUCACCUUGAAUCGCCUUUUGUAGGCAUUCAAGCGUUGGAUUAUGCUCUCCCGAUUUUCAAUGGAAACUGAUGAUGGGCCAGAACUGGCAGCAGCGAUUCAACGCCGGGUCUCUGCAAUAAAAGGUUAAUUUCCCGAACCAAAAGGAUAA